GAGAAUGUGAAUAUCUGCUUGCUGCCUGUGCAGCGGUGGGUGGGGUUUACCUGUUCUACCUGAUCCCAGCAGCUACGACUAAACACACCAAACCAGCGUCAGCUUCUUUUGUUGUUUUAUUUUACAAAUGGCGUUCAAAGACGUCCGGUCUGUUUUCACAGCAUUUUGGUGUUAAAAUUUCAGGGUGGUAUCUGAGUAUCUCUUGGAACUUUUCCUGCCUUUAGAAGCUGCUGUUCAACGUGUUCACGUCAGUUUGUGGGUUUCUGUCAGACGGUUGUUGUCCUCGGUGGGAGUGUUGGUGAACGACGUUCUUCUCUGAACGUGGAUGAGAUGCUGUUCGAGGAGACGAUGGUUUGAGAGUCGCUCGGUUACACAAACUGCCCUCCAGCCUGUAUUCACCUGUUGCCAUGACGACAGCAUCCAGAAUCAGCGCUGGUUUUUCCCAUCGCCGGUGAAACGGUGAGGAGUGGGAGCUCCGCUUGUUCUGUCGUCUUCGCUAAAGUGGACGAUGAAUCACCAGGUGGUUAGCUACCGGUCGUCAUGGUAACCAAACUGAAGGACAAGCAGGAUGGUGAUGAUGAUGAUGUGAAGCAUCAUGGGAGGUGGCAGAUGGACGAGUCGACCGUGGGCCGAGCAGUGACACAGACACACAGUCUCACACACACACACACACACACACACACACACACACACACACACACACACACACACACACACACACAACAUGGACCAAGGCUUCAGCUUAAAUACGUUGAAGAAGCUGGCAGCAGAACCGGACUACACGGAUGUGACACUGACGGCAGCGGAGCGUGUUCGGGCUCUGGGGAAGAUGGGAUGCAGCGUGGAGAUUAACGAGGACGUGGCGCCCAGAAGAUACUUUCGCUCUGGAGUGGAGAUGGAGCGCAUGGCAGCGGUUUACCUGGAGGAGGGCAGUCUGGAGAACGCCUACGUCCUCUACACCAAGUUCAUCAUUCUGUUUGUAGAGAAGCUACCUGGCCACAGAGACUACCAACAGAGUUCAUCAGUCCCAGAGAAGCAACUCAUCAUGAAGAAGCUGCAGGAAGUUGCAUUUCCUCGGAGAGACGAACUGAAGAAGCGUCUAGAGGAGAAAUACAGCAGAGAGCACAGCGAGUACCUGAGAGCCCAGAGCCAGGCCGUGGUAGUGGGUGGGUGUGGCCAGCAGCUGCAGCGGCUCUCCCUAUUGGAUGAGGACAGGAGGCGGUUCUUAGAGGAGGAGCGUCAGCGAGUGGCGGCGCUGCGACGGAUGCAGAUCGAAUCAGAACAGUUCCGCUACUUCGAGGACCAGCUGAGGCGGCAGGAGCUGGCCAAUCGAAGAGCAGAGGAGGCGGAGCAAAAGGUGGAGACCAAAGUGCCUGAGGUGACGGAUGGCUCCUGUCUGUCUCACCAGCCAAUCAGAGACAGCGUACGGUCCCAGGGGGCGGAUCCUAACAGAAACAGACCACCUGCUCCCGUCAGCCAACCAGCCGCUACAUUGGCAGGAGUACACAGUCAGAGGGUGGAGGGUCUGAGGCGGGUGGUGAUUCCCAGAGAUCUGACGUAUCGCUUCCUCCUGCUGGCCGAAUCCAACACAGCGAGAGGCAUAGAAACCUGUGGAGUCCUCUGUGGACGCCUGACACACAAUGAGUUUGUGUUGACUCACGUCGUGAUCCCCAAGCAGUCGGCCGGUCCGGAUUUCUGCGACAUGGAGAACGUGGAGGAACUGUUCAGUUUCCAGGACCAGCAGAAUCUGCUGACGCUGGGCUGGAUCCAUACUCAUCCCACUCAGACGGCCUUCCUCUCCAGCGUCGACCUCCACACUCACUGUUCCUACCAGCUGAUGCUGCCAGAGGCCGUCGCCAUCGUCUGCGCUCCCAAACACAACGAUACCGGUGUGUUCAGGCUGACGGGUCCGGGGAUGUCGGAGGUUUCUGGAUGCAGACUCAAAGGUUUCCAUCCUCACUCCAAGGAACCUCCGCUGUUCACUGUGUGUAAACAUGUGGUGGUUCGGGACUCGAAGCUCGGCCUGCUAGACCUCAGGUGACGGACAGGAGGCGCCAUCCGUCUGUUUACUGCCAGGCUUUUAUUCUGAAGCGGAAACUGUGAACCUGCUGUGUGUGUGUGUGUGUGUGUGUGUGUGUCUGUGUGUGUGUGUGUGUGUGUGUGUGUGUGUGUGUGUGUGUGUGUGUGUGUGUGUGUGUGUGUGUGUGUGUGGAUGUGUGUGUGUGUGUGUGUGUGUGUGUGCUGCUGUUGGGUGUGUUGUUUACAGGAAGUGACAUCAUCGUGCCUUCUCUCUAACAGUGAAUGUCUCUUUGGGUGAACUUGAAUCUGCUUUAAAGGAAACUUGAACUUUAUUUAUCAGAAACCAGAAUCACUCUGAGCUGCUUCGUGUCCGGUAGACGUCUGAAAGUCAUCGUUCAGUUCAGAGCCAGGUACAGAUUCAUUGAAGAGCAAUAUGAGACGACAUGGAGGUCUGUUAUGAAAUAAAACAUCAGCUGAUGCUCAUAAAUGUCACAUUCUGCAGUUUAGUGUUUGAUUUUCUCUGAGGUGUCUCAGCUCUCUGUGCCCUGGGUUUUGCCUCUCAGGUGACAUUAGUGGAAGGUAAACCUGCAGACGAACCUCAGGGCAAAAACACCCAAUCUCCUGCAUGUUUCUGUGGAUGUACUUUGAUAUUUACUGUGUUCAGACUAAAUACAGGAUUUACUGUCACAGGCUCUGAUUUCUCAUAUUUCUACGCUAAUCAUUGUCAAACCAGCCCCUCUCUUUAAACCAGAUGGAGAGCUCUGAUUGGCUGAAAUCUGCCUUCACAGGUGUCUAGAACCUGACAACUGAGCCACGAGGUGCAGAGUUUCCUGGAGUUGCACCCCAAUGAUGCCAAAAAAAAAGAGCUCUGAGUUUGGUGAGAUCGGAUCGGAUAGAGGGAUGCUGCUGUGUGAUUGGUUGUUAGACACCGCGUGUUUACUGUGUUAGUCCAAUCAGACGCCUCUGUUUUGUUCACGACCUCAUAAAUGAAAUUUAAUCAUGUUUAUUGAGCUAAAAUUGUGGGAAGUUGUUUCAAUAGACAUAGACUGUUGGUUAACCAACUAAAAUAAUUAAGUAAAUGGUUAGCUGACACGCUAAGAGCGCCACCAAUCCAUAGGAAAUAGUAGCUAAUAUGUAGCUACAUAGUUAGCUAACUAGCAGUUAUUUGUCAUGGUGUUUGUAAAGACUAAUUUAAUAAGUUACUGUUAGAAAGCUGAGUGUAACCAAUCUAUGGGGAAACAUAGCAGAUGUGUAGCUAGCUAGCUAGCUGCUGCCUUCCAAUGGCAUCGUGUUGACUGUGAGAGGAGUCCAUGUGAACAUUGUUGGACUCACAUGUUUAUCUUGGUACAGUAAUGUAUAAAUGGUUAAAAUAGAGGAAAGUCAUGGAUACGCAGAGGAGUAGCCAAAAGUGAUAGUUAGCAAAAAGAAAGGGUCAAAUUGCUAACUAUCACACUAAGAGCACAACCAGGUCUUUGGGAAAUAGUAGUUAAUGUGUAGCUAGGUAGCAAGACACCUAGUGGUUAUUCAACAUGGUGUUUGUAAAAGCUAAUUUAAUUAUUAAAUUAAUGCUAAUGAAACCGUUAGCAAGCUAAGAGUGUAACCAGUCUACGGGGAAACGUAGCUGAUGUGUAGCUAGCUAGCUAGCUACUACCUUCCAUCCAAGUGAGAAAAGUCACUUCUGGUUUCAUUUACAACUUUGUAAGUGGAAGUUUAAUUAACUGUAUUGAGGUAAAGUAAUGGAUAAAUAUUUAAAAGAGAUGAAAGUCAAGGACACCCAGUUAAAUAGCCAAAAGUAAUAGCAAAAAAAAGUUUAAAUGUUAGCAAGAAAGCUAAGAGCACAACCAAUUCAUAGGGAAUGGUAAGGCAAGGCAAGUUUAUUUGUAUAGAACCCUUCAUGUCCAAGACAAUUCAAAGUGCUUUUUACAAACAUUUAGAGGAAUACAGUGAGGUGCAGAUAGUUAAAGGAUACCAUGCUGAUUUCAUGCAUAGGCGCAUGAGAAAAAUGUUUUUAACCUAGAAUUAAAAUUGUCUACAUUUGGUGAAAGUUUUAACUCCACUGGCAGUUUGUUCCACUUGUACUAGCUGAUAUGUAGCUAGGUGGUUAGCUAGCUAGCAGUAAAUCAUUAUGAUAUUUGUAAAGGCUAAUUUAAUUAGUAAGUUAAUGCAAAUGAAACUGUUAGCGAGCUAAGAGUCUAACCAGUCUGUGGGGAAACGUAGCUGAUGUGUAGCUAGCUAGCUAGCUACGCCCUUCCAUUGGCCUUGUGUCGACUGUGAGAGGAGUCCAUGUGAACGUUGUUGGACUUGCAUUUUGUUUAUCUUGGUAUAGUAACAUAUAAAUGGUGAAAAUAGACGGGAAAAUCAUGGAUACGCAGAGGAGUAGCCAAAAGUGAUAGUUAGCAACAAGAAAGGGUAACUAGCAAGCUAAGCGCAUAACCAGUUCACAGGGAAAUAGUAGCUAAAAAGUAGCUAGAUAGUUAGCUAGCUAGCUAGCAGUUAUUCAUCAUGGUAUUUUUAAGAGCUAACUUAAUAAGUUAAUACAAAUGAAAUUGUUAGCGAGCUAAGAGUGUAACAAGUCUAUGAGGAAAUGUAGCUGAUGUGUAGCUAGCUAACUAGCUGCUGCCUUCAAAGUGAGAAAAGUCACUUCUGGUUUCAUUUACAACUUUGUAAGUGGAAAUUUAAUCAACUUUUAUUGAGGUAAAGUAAUGAUUCAAUAUUUAAAAUAGAUGAAAGUAAAGCAUACCCAGUUAAAUAGCCAGAAGUAAUAGUUAGCAAAAAAAAGUUUAAAUGUUAGCAAGCUAAGAGCACAACCAAUUCAUAGGGAAUAGUAGCUGAAAUGUAGCGAGACAGCUAGCAGUUAUUUAUCAUUGUGAGUAAGCUAAAGCUCAUGAGUUGCGUCAUGUUUGGUGAAAUUUUCAGAAAAGUUGGAGGAAGUAAUCUUAAAUCAGCGAUAGUUUAACACUUGUAUUCUUUGGUUCAUCAUACCUGAUGAAGAUGUUUCAUCAUUUCUUUCUAUCCCUGCAGGUAGUUUCCAACAUUACGCUGCUGGUUGUUAGCGUGCUAAAGGGUUAGCUUUGGUGGCUAGUAGAUGCUGACAGUAGCAUCCAUGUUUCUGUUGCCUAGCAACAGAUUGUAGGCCUGAUGUUAGAACUUCAAUGUGUCGGAAUCAGGAGUUCCACUGGAAGACUGAACAGGUGAAGUUAGUUUACCUGGACUAAAAGUCCUUCAUCGGCAGUAAAACUCUGAUCUCUACUUUGUGUCGGUCAGGUGAGACUAGAAUCACCUGACAACCAAUCACAGCAGAGCAUCCCUCCAGCCGAUCCACUCUGGCACCCAGCAUCAGGUUUACCUGAGUCCAGUAUUUUUCUCUUCUGGUUCUGGUUCUGGUCUGAGUUGCAGGUCCAGAUGUUCUGUUCAUGCUUUUUGCCAGAUGUUCAACCAGAACUCAGAACUGUGCAGCUGGAGGUUGAAGUAAAGCAGCUGUUAGAUGAAGUACCUGAGGUGUUCUUCAGGUGUUUGCCGUCAGUAACUUUAAUAUUGUGUUGCAGUGAAGUUAGAACUCUUGAACUUUUCUCUGAUGUCAGUUUUCUCAGACUCUUGCUGCUUUCUACGUUUCUACGGACCUUCUAAAGAUGUUGUUUGUGCACCAGCAGAUGUUCUCCUGUCCAGCUGUUCUGCUGUUGAUGAAGUUCUCUGCCAUCUUUUGGUAAUAAAACACCAACUGCUGCUCA